CAACGCCAAUUUUCAGUCAGUUACUACGAAGAAUCGCAGUCGAAAUUAUUUUCAUCGAAAUUAUUUUCAUCAAGCGGAAAUCCUUCUAACGUCGGAUAUUAUGGCUGAUACUAUUCAAGGUAUCAAUGGCGCUGAGCCAGCGGUGGCGGAAGCACUUAAUGCGUUGGUAGACGCAGUGGUUGAGGAUGUGCCCGACGCGCCUGGAAACCAAGCAGCAGCAAGUCAACCAGCGCCAGGCCAGGUCGAACAGGAGGCUGGACCUGGAGACGAACUGGCUGUGGGCGGCGCAGUAGCGUUGAAUGCUAUUGGAGCGAAAGCCGCUGGUGAAGCUGUGGUGCAUGCGCCCGACCAGGCGGUUGCGUCCGGAAGUGGUGUGGUCCCGGAACGCGGAAACAUCCGUGCGCGCCGACGCGAUGAUUCGGAAGACCCUGAAACAAGUAUCAUCGUAAAACGCCGCAAGCGGGUCAUUAACCAAGUUCACGCACCGAUCAAGUUCGACUAUGCGUGCAAGGAGCUAAGGCGCGUGAAGCGUGAUGGGCGCUAUAUGGUAUUGGUGGCAUGGGAGGGCCGUUACGCUAUCCGUACCACAGAAGUACUGGACCAGAGGGAUCCAAACCUGCAGAGGCUCAUCCGACCCCUGGAUGGUCCGAUUACGGUGCUGCCAAAGCGUUCACAAACCGGGGUCUGCAAUUUCAAAGUGGAGGGCUACGCAGUCAUCAACGACACCAUGAUGGCUGUGGGACGGUUCACUAGCCUGUCUCUGAUGGAGGCAUGGGAGACGGAUCACGUCAAGGAACUGCCUGUCUUGGAGGACGAUGGAUGGAACGUUGGUGGCUUCGACAGCGAGUAAAGCCGAGCGGGAAUUCGCAUGCGCUUUAAUGAAUGCUUAACACUGCUGUGGUGUUUAUGUGCAAUCUUUUACAUGUUAAGAGCCACGCAACUGCUUUGCAUGAUGCUUUUCGUAUUGUGUUUAACCUAUCUCGAUGUAACUGCUCUGCUUUACGCUUUGAUUAAGAAAAUGUGUAGUAAUUAUAUUUGCAGUACAGCAAGUA